AUCAUAUCAAUAUCUUCCUAUUAGCUCUAUCCUACCAUUCUAUUACCUACAAGUUAUCUAAUAAAAAUUUGUCUUUGUUUAUAUUGGCUCAAAUGCAAAUGUAAAAUCUUUCGACAGGGCAGAAAUGGUUGUGGCAAUCAAUAACGUCAUUCAUGAUCGAGAUCCUGAAUUGGACAGUCGCAGCUGCAGUGAAUCGCGUCUGACGCGUUUGGGAAAGAACGAAAAAGAGGAAGAUGAACACAAAGAAAGAAUCUUUUUCUCUAGAUUCAGGUAAACAAAAACAACAUCAUCAAAAUAAGAAUAAGGACAACAACAACAUUUUCGCAAAAUCCAACAAUCCUGAUAUUGUAAGAGCAAAGAAUAACAUUAGUGUUACUAUCAAAGCAUCUCAUAUACCAAAACUAAGAAGAACAAAAACAACGAGAGUUACAAGAAAUUCGAGAAGGAAUACCGGUCUUUGAGAAGGGAAGAAAGAAAGAAAGAAAGAAAGAAAGAUGGCUAAAAUUACUGAAGGUGCACCAAACUCGCCUGGUGCAGGAAGAGGUGACUUAUCAAAGACAGAUGUAAUCGAUUACGCGGCCAAGAAAAGAGAAUCCUCAACACAGCCAACCGAGACUCGAAAGAAGAGAAGGGUCCAAGAUGAAGAAAAAGACGAAAACGAUUCACCACAGAAGAUAGAUCCGACUGGUGAGUACGAGGCCAUGGUUGAGCAUGCAAAGGCCCAAAAUGAAAAGAAUUCGAUUGAUCUGAAGCAUGUUAACACUCUCUUGAACGAAGCACCAGAUGCAUCGGAAACUUCAGAUGAUAAGUUAGAUGACAAGUCGGAGGAGAGGUCAAAUGGAAUGGCAGAGGGAAGGUCUAAUCAGAUACAGCCUCAGUUAGUGCCCUCUGGUCCUGCCGUCGGCGUGAUUCCCCCAGGACAAAAUUUCGGUUCAAGUCUGAGCCAAAAAAGAGGAGGAAUAACACCAAGGCUUUCUCCUACCCUAGUCAACGAUGCAUCUGUUUUCUAUCGUCUAAGCAACAGGGAGAAUGAAAAUCACCAUAAAGGCGACAUAACAGAAGAUGCCAAUAGCAGGGAAAGGGCAGAAGAAGAUAUUGAAGGUUCAACCAAAGGAGACAACCCAUCUGUCUCUAACGACCGGGUUCAUGUUCCUGAUGCCAGCACGACCAACGAAUUUAGUGUUACUGGCGAUAUCAAGCCAUCACAUGUCCCUGGAGAAUCUAUACAACCAACUAUUACCAAUGACUCAUCGGAGCGAUUAAUCCCUGCAUCCAUUCUUGAGAAAGGAAUAAUCAGCUUUUUUUAUCGUCCCAGAGUGGGUCUUAAAGGAGACUCUCAGAGUGUUGAAGAUAUUGCACAGACAUAUUUCAUGUUGCGCCCAAUUCUUAGCAUUAAAGAAACAAUUCCCGAAAUUCCGGUGAGGGAAGAUAGUAAUACUGCAUGUUUAUUGUCAUUACCGAAAAAGAUUUGGCCAAAAAGUGGACAAGACAAGUCCUUGUGCUUUGUGGAUGGAGCGAAUAUGACUGUCAAAGAGUUGCAGAACCGGUUCAAUGGGUAUGUUUUCAUGUUUCUCUUCUCCCUUCUUUACUAUUGACUUCUCUCGGUCGUUUGCCAGAGGUAACUUGUAAAAGUCCAGAUCUAAUUGUACUUUCUAAUCCUUGCUCUCAUAACUUACAAAAAAAUGAUACAUUGAGCUUUGAGAUAAAAAAAACAUAGAUGACUAAUCUACUGAGCAGAUCACCUCAAAUACUACGUGCAAACUUUAUCACGGAUGGAGUAUAUGCCAUUCUUUCAACCGGUCGUGAAAAUCAUCUCGCAUAUCACCUCACUCACCCUCAAACCUCCGAACUUCAACUUCAGAAAAACCUAGGUAUUAAGGCAAAAGGAUCAUUUGUGUGCUUGGUCAAAAACCCAAGCUUCUCAAGUCGGACAUAUUUAAAUACUGAUCAUGUAGUAUUGUACUCAAAUGAGUUACAGAAGAAUUUCGGGGAUUCACGAUGGACGCCUUUGGUACCGAAGCACUUGAUAUAUGAAGGCACUCAAAUGUUGUUGAUUGGGCAGGGAGAAUCAAAAGUAAAGAAUGAUGAAAAUAAUAACCCGGAGGAAAUGAACGAAUUGGAACAAGAGGUAAGAGUUCUCUACUAUUACUUAUGUUGCAGAAUGCUUCUCGAUAUCCACCUUCUCAAGGACAACUUAGACGCUUUGAGUCUUUGAACUCCAGGGCUUUUGGUGUCUGCUACAUGACUAUCAUGACCGUAGUAGCUUUCACUGGUAACAUGAACGCUGACUUUAACCUAUUAGGAUUAUGGCCAUGUUGAAGCUUUGAAGGAAGAUGAUUAUAUCUUUGCAGAUCUCGAAAUUGACGCAAAGGUGUUGUCUGAAAAACAGGCCAGUUGGAAUCAAGAGUCUAAAGUCUAGAAUGUCUAUUUGGGAAAUGGAAUUCGGGAUUAACGUUAUGUUCGAUGUGGUAUUGAUAGAGUAUUUCUGCCGCUCUUUGUAAAUUGGAGGAUGAGAAUGGAAAUUAUGGAUUUGGGAGUGGUGAAGAUGAAGGUGAAGGUGCUGGGCUUUUUAUGGGUGCAUAUCUGGGUAUCCAGCAUCCAUAAUUAUGGCUGGAGUGAUAUGAUGCGGAAUAGGGUGGGAAUGGGAACGGAAACGGAAACGGAAACAGAAAUUGGUGU